AUGAUCAGUACCCUGCGAAUGGCAAAUGCGCUCACACUGCUUCGCUUGCUCGUGGCGGAGGAUACCGGUCGAGAUCCGGUGGUCUGUGAGCAAGCGACAGCUGAAGCGUUCUUAGAUCGUGUGUUGCCGCACUCGGGAGCUCCUGCGCUGGGACGGCCCGGCGAAAGCCUGGAGAAGACUUUUGCAAUUUCAGAGAAGCAGUUGUUGGGCUGCCAGGAGUCUGGCUUCGUGCCCUGGCGAUUUGGCCCUGCACUGAUCUGCGUGGCGGCAGCAUGCGACACAGAACCGCUCGUGCGGGCAGUCGCCGUGCCAAUGUUUUUGCAAGCUGUCGGUGCGGCACUUGGACAAGAGGAGAUCGACAAUUUGCUCGUGCAACGCAUCGGCCACUGGCGAGACAUGAUGGUAGACUUUGUCGUCGCUGGUUUCGAACGUGGCGGCACCACCAGCAUCGUCAAGUUCCUGCAAGCGGCCCAGGACAUUUACAUGGUGCCAUUCGAACUGUCUGAUUGGGCUCGGGACUUCAGCACGCCUGCCGUGCCAACUCCGGGCUGUGAUUCUGUGGACCCUCCGAGCUAUUGGCCAGCAUUUAUGAGCUUUGCUUUUUGGCCAGCCUUCGAGACCAUCGCGAGGCUCAAUCAUCAAGUGCAGCGUUGUGCGACAGGCAAACGGGUAGGUGUGUGGGAUUCGCGCUACGCAUCCCACGACAUCGCGUCACGCAAGGUGCAAGCCCUGCUUUCUGGGAAAUCCGGGGCCAGAGUGGUUUUGGCAUUCCGAGAUCCGAUUCGCUAUGUGCUGUCCUCAUUCAACCGAAUGAGUCCAGACAGCCCGGGAGGGCGAAGCUUCAUUGAAGCGGCGCGAGAAGAGGAUAUCGAUCCAGAUCCAUAUGGACUUCGCUUGCGGAAGGGCAAUUUUUCAAUUCUCGCGCGGCGCAUGAUGGAGAAAGUCGGUCAUGAUGCAGUUUGGCUGCAGCCUUUCGACACCAUGCUGUCAAGCCAAGAGACCCGUCAGCGAUUGCUGCAUGCCGUGGGCAGCAGGGCACGGAUGGAGAUACCGAUGCCACAUGAGAACCGAGGUCCGACUGCUCGCCGGGUAGAUCCCUGCAACCUGCGGCCCGAGGAGCUCGAGGCACUGGACGUUCUCGAGGCCUCAUACGCACAGGAGUUCGUCCGAUUGCGUCGUUUGCUCCGAUCUUUGGGCCAGGAGAUACCCAGAGCCAUCGCCGCGGACCGUUCGCCAUCCUACUGCGAUCGAUUCAGAGUGGACGGCGGUGGCAUGCAAGGUGGAGACGCAUAA